AUGAUCUGCAGAAGCUGCCGGACGAGCAUGCUGUCUCGGCUACCACAGCAACAAGCCCUGACAUGGACAUCAUCACCAGCACGCCAGCUUCCUCUGGUUCGCAGCCAAUUCCGAUUCUACAGUGAUAAAGGCACCAACCCUCCCGUCAACCCCUCAUCUCCUCCCAGUCCUCGCCAGCCCGUGGUCGGCGACGUCACUACCCCAUCCGCUAUCUCCUCCGCAACCCCCGGUAUCUCCCAGCCGCUGAGCACCCCCGAGAGUGUCCACAUUGAUGUGAACCCCGGUGCCACAAAGCCCGUUGUCGAGCGCCCACCGAGUAGUUGCCCCGCUGGCACUAAGCUGAACGGCCUGAAUUAUUUCAAGAACAAGCCCGAGGUUCUUGCGAAGGAGGACCAUGAGUACCCCGACUGGUUGUGGGAUCUUUUGGGUGAUUCAAGCAAGUCAGCCAAGGCCGAAAAGGGCGGAGUUGACCCCAGCACCCUGAACAAGAAGCAACGGAAGCGCUAUGAGAAGAAACUCGCCGCCCGCGUUGGUGUUCUCCCUCCUAAGAUCCCUGCCCACCACCACGCCCACGACAUUACGCCAGCAUCAUACAACCGUGAAGGGGUCCCCGAGGGUGGAUUCACCGAUGCCACCGAGAGUGUGGACCAGCGUACCGAGGUCACCAAGAGUGCUCGCCAGGCCCGGCGGAAGGCCAUCAAGGAAUCCAACUUCUUGCGUGGCCUGUAA